AUGGAGACUGAAACCAUGGUCCAACCUUCUGUAGUAGUCGCCGGGCACCCAUCCAUUGACAACUUCUCAUGGAAGACAUCUAAGGAAGAGCACACGCACAUCGUCAACCGGGGAGGCAAAACAUACCUGCUGCAGGAGCUCCUCAAACAUGCUCUUGGCGACGAAUGUCAAGUUUAUGGCCCUGACUGGCCACAGUCUAGCCAAACAUCACCUGUUCGUUCGAGAAUAAACUUGAUACCGCCUAUUGAGAACUCAAGCCAAGACAACAUGUUCCGGGUCGAACGGGUACAACAUAUCUACACCGAGUCGUCUUUGUCCCCUCUAUGGCCAGAAACCUCAGGUGAUUAUCGCAACAUAGGGAGCAGCAUGGGGCUCUUGCUAUUGGACGAUACAGACGCAGGAACCGAAGAAAAAAAAGUAGACAAAGAGAUCAAAAACAAGGAAUCCCGCCGAGGUGAUCUAAAUCGGCAUUAUGCACAUGGCACAGCCACCAAUUCUGGACAGGCCGCUCCGAUUGGGAGACAUUCGAACGAAGAAGCUGACGCCAAGAAGAACAGUAACACAGAGAACAAUGCCCAGGAGGCGGACAAAAUUAAAAAGGAAAUCGAGGAUUUAGAAGCCAAGAGACACAAGCGAGGGGAAGCCGAACAAUCGCUUUUCGAUUAUGCAAGGCCUCGUUGGCUUCUGUACAAGAUGGGCCGUCCACUGGCACAAAGCAAUCUAUGGGAUGUCUUCCGUGGAGGCCCACGAGCCGGGGAAUCCGCCAAUCCUGAUCGUGACCGCAUGGUAGUGGUUGUAAACGCCAACGAUCUACGGGCUGAGGGCAUUGAGCUAAGCAGGAAUCUCUCCUGGGAAAAAACUGCCGAAGACUUUGUCAUGCAGCUAGCUUGCAAUGGGCAGCUUGAUACUCUAGUCGCAUGCGCUCAUCUUAUCGUUCUCUUCGGCUGCGACGGCGUGAUCCAUUACCAAGGUCACAGCAAAGCAUCGCCUAUACUGUAUUUCGAUUCCGAACGUGCUGAAGGAGAGUUCAUGCAGACCUGCCCAGGCGGCAUGAUCGGCCUGUCAACAGCAUUUACUACAGGGCUGGCUAUAGCUCUGGCAACUAAGCCUGAGGACGCACACUGUAUAGAUACGGGCAUCAGGAACGGCUUUGCAGCUGCACGAUUUAUGGCAAGGAAGGGUUUCGAAUUCCGAGAAAACGAAAGUUCACCAGAUUAUCCUCUUAUUGGUCGCAGCAUAGAUCCUGAAAAAGGGCUUUCCCAUGUCCUUAUUCCGGUCGAAAAAAUAAUCUCCGGGUCCGGUUGGACGAUUCUCGAUGACAUAAUAGGUGCACCGGAAGAAGUAGCUUACAAGAUCGUCGAACACGGACCCAGCGAAGCACUUAGGGGUGUACCGAUCGCAUUUUUCGAAAAGUUUGUUACCGCAGACAGGAAAGAGAUUGAGUCCUUCCGCUCAAUCGUGAACAUUCUGCAUGAGUACUGGGAAUCGAAUGACCGCAAGCUCUUUAGCAUCGCAGUAUUUGGGCAACCUGGUUCUGGCAAGUCUUUCGGCAUAAAACAAGUGGUUAAGCAAGCUAUGAAGAGGCGACCAAUUAAAAUCCUUGAAUAUAAUCUGUCACAAUUCAGAAGUAUUAAGGAUUUAAAUGCAGCCUUUCAACUCAUAAGAGACGAAAACCUCUCUGGAAUUACACCGAUAGUGUUGUUCGACGAAUUUGACACCACCUUUGAAACUAAGAGACUUGGGUGGUUGCGAUAUUUCCUGGCACCAAUGCAGGACAAUAUGUUCCGCGAAGAUGGUUACGAGCAUCCUCUGGGAGGGGCUGUUUUCAUUUUCAUUGGAGGAACAUCGUCAACCUUUGCUGAGUUCUCAAGACAUCUUGAUCCGGUAUCGCUUAACGAUGACUGCAAGUGCGAGGAUGAUGAGCGGAAUCAGUUCAUCGCUAUGAAGGGACCCGAUUUUCUUAGCCGUCUGAGAGGGGCGUCCCAUCUCAAAAAUGACCAGGGCUGCUUGAACAUAGACACGGCCGUUCAAAGAGCUCUGCUGUCCGUUCCCACUUAUCGACAUGGCGCUCGCUCGCUCGAAAUGUUGCUUGCUAUGAGCAGAAUUUCUGGUCUCAAGAAGUUUGAACGUGCUGCGCUUCCCCCUGAAGCGCAACUUAGUGUACACGUCGAUCCUGUGGAUUUCAUGGACCGGGUGAGGCACCCUCGCCUUCCGGAGAAGCUGCGAGACAAGUUAGGGCAACAGAUACACCAAGACAGACAGCAAAGGCAGCGAGCCAGUGCCAGUCAAUAUCCAGGGUCUAGCUCAAUAGUGAAGCGCUGGGCAGCUCUGAGCGAAGAGGAAAAGGAACAAUCUCGUCUAGCAGCAGAUGAUAUUCCGUACAAACUUCAUCUGAUUGGAUGCUAUAUGACUGCUGAAGACAAUGACGAUCGAGUCGUUUCAAAUUUCAAGGACAAUGAACUUGAAAUUCUAACAUGCCGCGAGCAUGAGCGAUACAACGCAGAAAACCUACAGCGACAAGGCAGGUUGGGUGACCGAGAUGGCCCAGGCAAACAGAAUCCUUUUUGCGAUCCUUGGCGAGACUUGAAGGGUGAGAAGGCUAUAGUGAAGGGUCUAGAAACUGCCAUAAUCAGCUGCAUUCCAGAAUUUCUGUCAAAAGCUGGCUAUACUAUCUGUCGACUCGGCACUGGGGUCGAGGAGCGCCCACCCGGGAUUACGAAUAGGAACUUGGGUCAUCGUGCUAACUCGGAUGCUGGAGAUAGUGCCAUUGGUUUGCGUCCUAUACCGGAUCCUGGGCCAGACCUUUCGCGUUAUGGCCAACCCUUUCGGGACAUAUAUACCACGUUCAUUCGCGAUUUUAGCAUGAGUGAGAUCGAGAGGAGCCGUAUAGAGCUUACUAACGACACUAAACGUCUUCAAGCCGUUGCUGCACGCUUCCUGGUCGCGCUAGGUUCGUUUGACCAAGACGCCGAGUUGGAAGAUUCACAAGGUGAGAGUCAUGGAGCGGGUGGAAGUGCUGGUCAAGGUAUUCAAUCAUCGUCCAACAAUGGGGGCAGGGCAUUAAAUAAUGCUGGAGGGGGACGUGGUCCAAUCGACCAAACUCCCACUGGCAAGAGCGAGACUCCAGGAGACGGUGACAUGGUACUGGAUGGGGAUACCGCGUCUGACCAACGUCAACCACCUCCUUUAAGUAUCCCGUUCACGGAUUGGGAGUUCUCUGACCCAGCCAACUUGCCCGCAAAACCAGACGCACUCGAGAUUGAACAUCUUGCCGCUAUAGCAAUCUAUGAGAGGCUAUCCAUUGGAGUCCAAGCCUUGGGAAACGGCGGUACAUCAUCAGGAUUUCUGUCGGCCAUACUUCACGCCUUUCAUACCAGGGACUUGCUGACUAUAUUUCGCUCCAUCGAGCGGCAGAUAUUUGUGCCAACUACACUGGAAAAUCCCAUUCAGAACACUCUCGAGAGCCUCGAGAUAGCUCUGUUUGAUACAUCCAAGUUUGCUGGUUACGAUACGCAACUUACAGCUUUGACGUUCAACGACGGGAAGUAUGGCGCGGCCACUCUAUUUAGAAUGUCUGUGUCAGACCAGGGCCAGCCUAUGAGACUACAUCCUACUGUAGCUAUGGAACGAAUUCCCAAAGCUGUGUUGAGAAAGGUGCAAUCAGGAGUCUGCAAUUCGAGGAAAACGAAGCUCAGAAUGCCACACUCGAUGGUCUGGGAUGGGACAACACAACAAAUGAAAGUUGGCAGCUCCAAGACUUCUUCGAAACCAAAGUUGACGGGCAACGGGAUUGCACUACAGACGAAUACAGUCGGUAUGAGCUUGAAAACAGCUCUCAGCAUGAAUCCUAGCCUUUCAGUAGUCCACUUUCUUGCGACUGUACCCCAGAUGGUGGCAAUGUUACACCACAAGGCAUCUAUCCUCAAAAGAAUAAGAUCUGAUGAUAUCAAACUGAAGGGUCAAAGUAAUGGGGAGGUGAAAAUUGUCGAGGAACCGAUUCAACGUGCGCAUACGGGCUCAAACCCUCGAAUUAUCGUGUUAUCGCCGGAAAUAGGAGAAUGGGUAGGAGUUGAGCUGUCUUGGAAAUGA